AUGACGCCAGUUGGCGUCCUUGCCGAGCUGGUCUUGGGCUUGAAGGGUAAGAAUAGAAUGCAUGAUGAUGGCACAAUGUACCGACGGGAUGAUAGCUUGGAGUUUGCCAGAGCGCAUGGCAUCCCCAUCGUGACCGUCCAGCAGAUCAUCGCGUAUCGGCGCCAGAACGGUGCAAGAGCUCCUCCAUCGGUUUUUGAGGCAGGCUUGGCUGUGAAAGGCAGUGCCAGCAGCACUGGUGUGAUGCCAUCCUCUUGUGAUGCAAG